AAACUUCAAAAUCACGUCACCUGUUCAUGACACGUCACUAAAGUUUAUGCUAAAUUAAGUGCUAAAGGCACUGUGUUUGUAAAUCUUUAUAGUUUCUCAGUGAAGUUGCCAAAAAGAAUAAGAAAAAAUGUAAAUUCACUGGCUUGGUUCUCCACGAGCCAGAGAUUGAGAUCCUUUAAAUCUUGUUUACGGUCCUGCUUUGUGUUCACCUGUGAAAACAGAAAUAGUCUGUGCCCCGUGUGUCGAUGUCCGUGCGCGCGCGUUCCUGUGCGCGCGUGAUCGCGGCGGCUCUUUAGUACCUUGGACAGCGCUCGGCGCCACAGACACAUCUGUGAACCGGGAGCGGGGACUUCCACCGACCGUCUGGUAUUUGCGCAAACAUUUUACUCAGAGGAUGUCUCUUCUCUUUUGAAUAGUUUUUGAGAGUUCACCACUUCUCCUUUGCAAGUUCCUUUAUGACUUUCUGUGCCCGUGCGGACCGAUACUAGCGGCUAAGCCCUCGCCAUCCCGCUGGAGACGCAACCAGCGGAGCCACGCCGCCUUUGGAACGCCGAGAAGCGGGAUCCUCUCUCGCCGUGAGCUCGCCUCCUCCCUUUGGAGCUGGAGAGAUGCCCGGGGGAGGAUGUGCUCCAGCCGCAAGAUCCUGUGGAGCCUGCUCCUGCUCUCCUUGGUGGAAGUGGGCCUGGGUGUGGCGAGCAUCGUCUUGGGAGCGGUGGGCAUCAUCUGGGUGCGUGGGGAGCACCCGCCUCAGCAGGGCGACGCUUCUCCGGUGUGGAGUGGACUCUGUUUUCUGCUCUGUGGGAUGUGCGGAGUGCUGUGUGCCUGGAAGAGGACAGGUCUUAUUAUGAUCCUCUUCUCAGCAUGCUGCAUCUGCGGCCUGAUCGCCGGGAUUCUCAACUUCCAGUUUGUUCGGGCGCUGAACAAACGGCCAAACUCGUUGCAAUCGAUCCACCUGGCUGCCAUGACACUGGCCUGUCUGGGGAUCUCAACCUGUACCUUAUCCACAUGGCUUACCUGUCGACUGGCCAGCUCUGAGCAGCAGCGGAUGUUCAUGGAGAGGGAGCACUCGCUGCACCAUUCGCACGAGAUGACAGAGAAGGAGGUCCUUGACAACUCGAGUAACGGCAUUCCUCAGGUCUCCUACAACGGACACACUUCGCCGUCACCUUGACAAUUUCACAAGCACCAAAACAAAGACAGUUACUGCAACAUUAUCUGCGGGACAGAAGGUUCAGCUUGCGGCUCACUCGACAUAUCCCUCUGUCCUGUCCUGAAUGCAAAAACCGGACCAGGGCGCUCACCUUGGAAAUCCUUACUACUGUCAGAGAGACAAACGCAGCAUUAGGACAGCUGUCGUGCUUCUGAAUUAUUAUGCAGACACUGGUUCAAACAUCCUCAGCUCAAACCAAAGCAAGGAUGCUGAACUUUUGUUUGGAUGACAGCUCAGGUGAACAUCUUUGUGACCUCUCUCUCUUAACGUUAAUGAGCAGGCAGGGCGGAUUUUCCCCUCGAAACAACGAGCACAAAGUUAGCAUGCGGCUGAUCCAUAUGUAUCGAAGAGCUACUGCAAUUUCAGUCUCACUGUCUUAACUCAAUCUCUCUGUCUAGUAACCAGUUUAAUGAAUGCAGUCUGAGAUAGUCAACAGUAAACUGUAUGUAUUGUCUGAUGAUGGAAUGCUUUGACAUGAUAACACAGCAAAUGUACUGUACCAUAUAACAAUGCUUGUAUAAUAAAUUGUUAUUUUUAUAAUGCUUCUUAUAAAGUUACAUUAAAUAAAGUAUGGCUAGCCUAUGACGA